AUGGGGGAUUUUAAUAGUUAUCUUUUUAGUAUUGAUAAGCUUGGGGGUCAGGCCUCUGAUCAGGUUGUUAUGUCCCUUUUCUCAGAUUUUAUCAAUAAAUUUUCUAUGUUUCCUCUUCCUUAUGUGGGUUGCAAAUAUACAUGGACUAAUAACACUAUAAGUGAACGUUUAGAUUGGGUAGUAGGUUCUGAGUCUUGGUGUGAUCUUUUUCCUGAAAAUAGUUUACAUCAUUUAGGUUAUUAUGGGUCUGAUCAUCGUGCUUUAAAACUUCUUUUUGUCAAUGAUACUAGUAGGCCUCUUAAUUUUGUUAAUAAGCGAUUCCGUUUUGAAAAUAGUUGGUUAGAGGACCCUGAUUUUUAUCACCUUAUGCAGAAUAAAUGGCAUGAUUUUCUAACUCAUAAUUCACCUUCCAAUCACUUUAAUUAUUUCUUAGAUAAACAAGCUCAUUGUGUUAGCCUUUUAAAAGAUUGGAAUAAGACUCAUAAUCAUCUUUUUAAAUGUAGAAUCCGGAAAUUGACUCAGGAAAUAGAAAAUUUUCAAAAUCAAGAUGUUCUUACUCAGGCAGAUAGACUUCAUCUGAAUAAAUUGAAUUCAAUGCUGGAUGCUCUUCUCUAUAAGGAAGAAGUCUAUUGGAAACAAAGGGCUAGGGUGAGGUGGCUUAAAGCUGGUGAUAAAAACACCAAAUUUUUUCAUAAACAGGCCACUCUUAGGAGAAAAACUAAUACUAUUAAGUAUCUCAAAGAUAAUGAGGGUAAUGUGGUUAAUACUCAAGAGGGGAUAGCUAACUUAGUUAUUUCUCAUUUUUCUGACCUUUUUAAUACCCAAGGUUGUAAUGUUGAUGCUGCUGCUGUAAUUUUUGAUGCUUUGGGUCCUGGGUUGGAAACUUCUGAUGUUGAAUUUCUUGAUCAGGAUUUUACUGCUGAAGAGGUUAAAAAGGCUGUUUUUCAAUUGUCUGGGGAUAAGGCAGUGGGAUUAGAUGGUUUUAAUGCUUAUUUUUACCAAAAGAAUUGGGUUGUUCUAGGUCGUGUUAUUUUUGAUAAUAUUAUUAUUGCUAAUGAACUAGUGCAUGCUAUUAAUAAUAGGAAAUCUGGUAAAAAAGGCUGGGCUGCUUUGAAACUUGACAUGGCUAAGGCCUUUGAUAGGCCCACUAGAGGUAUUAGGCAAGGUGAUCCUUUAUCCCCGUACUUGUUUAUUUUAUGUGCUGAAGGUCUUUCAGCCAUUCUUAGGAAUUAUCAUCAUAGGGGUUUGCUUCAUGGUAUCUCAAUUUCUAGAAAUGCCCCUUCUAUAUCUCAUUUAGUGUUUGCUGAUGACAGUAUCUUGUUUUGUGCUGCUGAUCGUAAUUCUUGUCAUGCUUUGCAGCAGGCCCUCUCCCUGUAUUCUCAAGCUUCGGGGCAGAUGAUUAAUUUCACUAAGUCCUCCAUUUUGUUUUCUCCUAAUACUCAAAAUGAUAUUAGAGAUCUAUUUUUUAGGACUUUCCAGCUUGAGGAUAAGCCUUUUAUCACUAAGUAUCUGGGGUUGCCUCAGUGUCUUUCUCGGGCAAAAUAUCAGUCUUUUACUUUUUUAAAAGAUAAAGUUUCUUCCAUUAUUCACUCCUGGCAUCAUAAAUGGUUUUCUAAAGCAGGAUUUGUUGAGAAAUUGAGUCACUUAUUUCUAAAUUUUGGUGGGGUUCUUGAGGUUCGAAAAAUACACUGGAAAAAUUGGAGAAUGGUGUGUCAGUCUAAGUUUGUUGGGGGUCUUGGAUUUAGAUCUUUAAUUCAUUUUAACCAAGCUAUGAUAGCUAAGCAAGCUUGGCGUGUCUUCAAGUGUCCUGAUUCUCUUCUCAGUUUAGUGUUAAAAGCCCAUUAUUUUCCCAAUACUUCUAUUCUUGAUGCUGGCCCUGGUCAUAGUCCAUCUUAUACUUGGCGCAGUAUCCUUUGGCGAAGAGACUUAAUGAAGCAAGGUCUUAUUUGGAAAGUGGGUGAUGGUUCAACUAUUCGCACUAUUGAAGAUCAUUGGCUUCCUCACUGUCGGAUUAAGUCAUAUUCAUCUCCCCCUCCCUCUGAUUCUACUCUUUCUUUUUUCCUCUCCCCAUCUGGGGCUUGGGACCCUAUUAAGCUUCACCAGUUUUUUGAUGAGCAGCUUGUUGAUCAUAUCCUUAAUGUUCCCAUACCUGGUAAUGGUUGUAGUGAUGAUCUAAUUUGGAGUAGGAAUUCUUCUGGUAUAUUCACGGUUAAAUCUGCAUAUCACUUAGCAGUUACCUCUAGAGAUAUUCCUUCUUCUUCAUCUUUUGAUCAGUAUAAACGUUUCUGGUCUAAAAUUUUGUCUUCCUCGGUUCUUUCAAAAGUUAAACAUCUGGUGUGGCGUGUGUUGUCUAAGUCCGUCCCAGUUGCCUCCCUCUUAUUUCUCAGACACAUUAUACCUUCUCCUAUUUGUCCCCUUUGUCAUUUGGAAUGGGAAACUGUGGAGCAUGCGUUCCUGGGGUGUGUGAAUGUCAAGAAAUCUUGGAAACAUUCUCCACUUUUUGACUUUUAUAGUAAUAAUAAAGGAUUAAGUAUUUAUGACUUUAUUGCUCUAGCUAUCGAUCUUUUGGAUAAAUAUGAUUGUGCUAUAUUUUUUUGUUUUAUCUGGUUACUUUGGAAUCAUAGAAAUAAUCUCUUUCAUAAUAAGAAGUUGCUGCCACCUUGGCAUCUUUAUGAUCAGGCUGUGAUUUAUUUAUUGGAGUAUGAGCAUGCUAAUCUGCCUGGUUUUAAGCCAGACAAUGUCAAUUUUAGAUGUAAUGGGCAGGUUCAAUUAUCACAGCAUGAAGGAUGGAAAGUUAGUACAGAUGCGGGUGUUAGUAAUUCUGUUAGGAAGCAUAGUUUGGGCGUGGUGGUUACAGAUGAAAAUGAUGACAUUAAGGCUGGCUUCAUUAUACCUAUUGUCGGCUCAGUUCCACCGGAGGUUGCGGAAGCCAAAGCUGUCUUGGCUGCUAUUUCUUGGAACUCAUUGUUGUUCAGUCCUAAUCUGGUCAUAGUCCAUGUUCCUCGUGAGCUUAAUAAAAUUGCUCAUGUGUGUGCAAGGGCGGGUUUAGGAUUAGACAAUGAGUAUAUUUGGAAUGGUUCUUUACCUUCCUUUGUAACCUGA